UGGUGCCUUUGCUCUUCCAGCGCACUGUGAGGUUUGGAAGUGGCCAUCCUUGAGAUGCAACCACAACAUUUUACUCGGAUCUCCUCAUGUCAAACAUGGAAGGAGAAGCUGCAGAAAACUCUUGAGGUUCUCUCUUCUCCCUCUUACUGCUCAACUUCAUCUUUCCUUCCUUCAUCCAAUGUUCUUCAUUCACCUUGGCAUCCUCUUUCACCCCCCUAUGCCUCUGGUUUCCGUCUAUCCCUCCAUGGCCUCCUGCAGUUCCUCUUGGUCCUCUGUGUCUCCCUGUGUUUGCUCCCUUACCCAGUUCAGGGAACUUCGUUUCGGAUUGGGGUGGUGGGGCCCUGGAGGUGUGACCCUCUAUUUGCUAAGGGUCUUCCCCAUGUGGCAGCACAGCUAGCAAUCAACCGUAUCAACAAGGACCCAGUGCUGUCCCACGCUGCCACCUUUGAGUACACUGUACUGCAGGAACCAUGUGAGACAUCAAAGGCAUUGGAAGCUUUUGUGGGUUUCCACACCAAGGCUGCAGGCUACGUUGGACCAGCCAACCCCGGCUACUGUGAUGCUGCUUCAAUGCUGAGCAAAGGUUGGAACAAAGCAUUGUUUCCUUGGAACUGUAUUGGCUAUGAGUUGGAUGAUGUUAGGAACCACCCAACCUUCGCCCGAUCUAUGCCAAGGUCAACAUGGGUGUUGGUCAGAGUCCUGAGGUUCUUCAGGUGGGCUCACGUUGGUGUCAUCUCUUCCUCAGAGGCCAUCUGGUUGGAGACGGCCACCAAGGUUGCUGACUCCCUGAGGAGCCAUGGUCUACCGGUAAGACUAGUCAGUAUUAUGGAGAAUACACCUCAUGCAAUCAGACGAACGCUGGCCAAAGUCCGGAAGAUGAGAGAAUUACGGGUGAUCAUCCUCUGUAUGCACUCUGCACUGAUCGGUGGUGAAGUCCAGAAACUCCUCUUAGAAACAGCCUAUGACAUGCAGAUGAUCGACGGCUCCCUGGUGUUUGUGACCUACGACACCCUGCUCUACAGUCUGCCCUACCACAACGUGACCUACCCAGCUCUAAAAAGCAACAGCAAACUUCUACGGGCCUACGACGCCGUGCUGACCAUCACCGUCGACUCGCCACAGGUGUCGUUCUAUGAGGCCUACAGAGAGGCCAUGGAGAGGGGGGAGGUGGCGAGGACGCUGAAACCACAGCAGGUUUCUCCUCUCUUCGGUACCAUUUACAGCUCAGUGCUGUUCAUGGCUCAUGCAGUGCAGCGGGUUCAGCAGUCCAGGGAGUGGAUGUCGGGGGGAAACCUGGCACGACACACCCGUAAUCUGGCCUUCCAGGGUUUCAGCUAUGCCAUCAGAACCAACAACUCUGGAGCGGCUCUGCUAGAUUACCUCAUACUGGACUCAGACGGAACCUCCUGGGAGUUGAAGCCAACAUACAAGAUUGACAAGGAAGCCCACACGGUGCACUUCCUAGGUCGAGAUAUCCACUUUCCUCGUGGAUACGGACCCAAAAAGGAUGCUUCCUGCUGGUUCACACCUGGAAUCAUCUGCUCAGGCGGCGUUGAUCUGUUCUCCACUAUCAGCAUGAUGCUCGGUGCGAUCACCGCCUCAUUUCUUUCAGUGGCACUGAUUUACGGCAUCAGGCGACGCAUCAAUCAGAUUCGAUUGGUCAGGGGUCCCAAUAAGAUCCUGCUGACUCUUGUGGAUGUCACAUUCAUAAACCCGUCACUUAGCAACAAGAAGCUGAGUGUGGAUGACAGCAGGACGAGCGGAAUGAAGAGCGUCUCAGAGUGCAGCGUCACCUCGCCGGCCUCAACCCAAACCCCCGCCACCUACGAGAACUCCAACGUCGUCAUUUACGAGGGAGACUGGGCGUGGCUCAAGAGGCUUCCUGAUGGGACAUUCAGCAGCAUCAACUCCAAAACCAGCGACGUUUUUGAGCUGAUGAAAGACAUGCGUCACGAGAACGUCAACACUUUCCUGGGUUUCUUCCAUGACUGUGGCGUGUUUGCCAUCGUGACGGAGUUCUGUUCCAGAGGCAGCUUGGAGGAUCUGCUGCUGAAUGAAGAUGUCAAACUCGACUGGAUGUUUAAGUCAUCUCUGCUGCUGGACCUGAUUAAGGGUAUGAAGUACCUUCACCACCGCGGAGUGUGCCACAGUCGCCUGAAGUCUCGUAACUGCGUUGUGGAUGGGCGCUUCGUCCUGAAGGUCACAGACUAUGGCUACAAUGAGGUUCUGGAGGCUCAGAGGUUCCCUUUCGAUGAGCUGUCUGCAGACGAGCUGCUGUGGACGGCUCCGGAGAUUCUGAGAAGUGGUCAGAUGGGGUACCACGGGACAUUAGCUGGCGACAUCUACAGCUUUGCCAUCAUCAUGCAGGAGGUAGUGAUCAGAGGACCUCCAUUCUGUAUGCUGGACAACUCUGCCACAGAGAUCCUGGAGAAGCUCUGUAAACCUCCUCCUUUGUGUCGUCCGGUGGUCAGUCCAGAUUACGCUCCACUUGAGUGCAUCCAGCUUAUGAAACAGUGCUGGAAUGAACAACCAGACAGGAGACCGAGCUUUGAUGAGAUCUUUGAUCAGUUUAAAAACAUCAACAAGGGGAAGAAGACCAACAUCAUAGACUCCAUGCUGCGGAUGCUGGAGCAGUACUCGUCUAAUCUGGAGGAGCUGAUCCGAGAGAGAACGGAGGAGCUGGAGAUCGAGAAACAGAAGACAGAGAAGCUCCUCACGCAGAUGUUACCCCCGUCCGUCGCCGAUGCGUUGAAAACACGCGGCACAGUCGAGCCAGAGCAUUUUGACAACGUGUCGCUCUAUUUCAGCGACAUUGUCGGUUUCACCACCAUCUCAGCUAACAGCGAGCCCAUCGAGGUGGUCGACCUGCUCAAUGACCUCUACACGCUCUUUGACGCCAUCAUAGGAAACCACGAUGUCUACAAGGUGGAGACCAUAGGUGAUGCAUACAUGGUGGCAUCAGGUGUUCCUGUUCCUAAUGGCAACCGGCACGCCGCAGAAAUAGCCAACAUGGCUCUGGACAUUCUGAGUGCUGUGGGAACCUUCAAAAUGAGACACAUGCCUGAUGUUCCUGUCAGGAUCCGAAUAGGACUACACACAGGUUCAUGUGUCGCUGGUGUGGUGGGUCUGACGAUGCCCCGUUACUGUUUAUUUGGAGACACGGUGAACACGGCCUCUCGUAUGGAGUCCAGUGGGUUACCCUACAGGAUCCAUGUUCACCAGAGCACAGUGAAGGUCCUACGAGAGUUAAAUCUAGGCUACAAGCUGGAACUAAGAGGCAGGACAGAAGUGAAGGGAAAAGGUAUAGAGGAGACCUUCUGGCUUGUGGGGAGAGAUGGAUUUACCAAACCUCUGCCUGUUCCUCCAGAACUCAAGUCUGGUGCCACCAUCAUCAUCUCAAGGAAACAGACGAGGAACCUAAAGCAGGUCUUUCACAAGGCGGUGAAGAAGAUCUCUCACGUCCGCGUCGUGACUCAGCUCUACUACACGCACGAGGACGAGGACAACGUCAUGAUGUCACAUCACUGACUGUGGACUAACUCUUCCAAACUUUUUGAAUGGCAUCAUCCAGUUGUUAAGAAUAACACAUACGGGUGUCAAGUGGCAUAUUAUCUUCACUUCACCAGCUUCACUGUUGCUCUGUGUGUGUGUGUGUGACGUGGUGAAGCUGCUGAGUCCUGCCCAUGCUGAACUUUACACUAAGAGGGGAUGACAAACUGCAGCCGCCCAGCCAA